ACUGUCGCCAUGGUUACAAGAUGAAUGGAGGACAGUGUAUUUCAGUUUGGGAUUUGAACUGCCUGACAGAGCCUAGCAUAUGUAAAGAGAUGGAUGUUAGGGCAGAAUGUGACGCGGACACAGGUAUGUGUGUCUGUCCAGACACCUAUAUACAGAAGAACAACACAUGUAUUACAGAAUGCACAAAUGAAAGCUGUCAGGUUUUGGAUAUUAACUCAGUAUGUGGAGAUGCCAAUAUGUGUUCCUGUAGAGAUGGAUUCAUACAUGAUAAUGCUACAAAUAUAUGUGUCCUGUUGUACCAAAUGAACUGUAGCAGUAACGCAAGUAUAUGCGAGAUAGUUGAUCCAAACAGUAGAUGCAUAAAUGAUCUGUGUGGAUGUAAGGCAGGCUACUCUAUAGGCCCAGAUAGCCUCUGUAUAAAC